AUGUUCCGGCACGCUACUCGCGCCUUCUCCCCCCUCGCACGACACCACGCACCCCGGCCGCACACACUCAAGCAAGCCGCGCUCUCAGCGCGGCGAUACGCGACGGCCCCGGACGACGGGCCAGCCGUGACGGCGACGAACCGGGCCGAGGCGACGCUCAAGCGGUUCUGGAAGGACGUCGGGAUCGAGAAGCGCGACGGGGGCUACGCCGUCACCCUCGACCGCCGCGCGCUCAAGACCCCCGGCGGGCGCCCGCUCGUCGUGCCCGCCGAGAAGCGGCUCGUCGCCGCGCUCGUCGCGUCCGAGUGGGAGAACCAGACGACGGUGCUCAAGCCGCACGCGCUGCCGAUGACGUCGAUCGCGUCGCGGGCGCUGGACGCGUUCGAGGACGAGGGCACGCGCGCGGAGAUCCGCGCGCAGCUGCUCAAGUACUUUGGCACCGACACCGUCUGCUACCACGCGGACGCCCCGGCAACGCUCGUGAAGCUCCAGGCGGAACACUGGCAGCCGAUCCUCGACUGGGCCGUCUCGAUGCUCGGCAUCGACAUCGCGGUCUCGACCUCGUUCGCCGUCCCGAAGCAGUCGCCCGAGACGAUCGCGAAGCUCGACGAGAUCCUCAAGGGCUUCUCCUCGUGGGAGAUGGCAGCGAUGGAGCGCGCGACGUACACGUCCAAGUCGUUCCUCGUCGGCCUCGCGCUCGUCAUGGGCAGGAUAGACGUCGACCAGGCCGCGCAGGCCGCGCACGUCGAGGUCAACAGCCAGAUAGAGCGGUGGGGCGAGGUGGAGGACAGCCACGACGUCGACUUCCACGAUAUCCGGAGACAGCUGGGGAGCGCGUCGUGUUUGCUCGCCGACUACUGA